AUGCCCCCCGUAGAACCUUCCGAAUCUUCUCGUCCCCUUGCAGAUUAUUUCUGGAUUGCGGGCUUGGAUAGUCAACAACUGGUUGAUGCAUUCUCCCAGCCACGAUGGUCUCACGACCUCACCGACCCCAAUGGUGUCGAUUUUGCGAUCACGGAAGAGGCCACCACCGAAAACGACCAAUCCUCCAUUUUGCAGUCCCCUCGCGCUUCGGUCAGUCAUUCUCGACAUGACUCGUAUCAGCGACUCUCCCAAUUCUCAAACGAGGCUAGGAAUAGCAUUCAGAGCCUUGAUGAGGCCACCAGUCCACAAAGCAGCCGCAGUAGUGUAACAAUUCGACCACCUACCACCUCAGCUACUCGGGUGUCCACUGCGAUAACUGAAGCCGACUUUGAGAAAGCAAUGAAGAAAUUCGUCACCGACCGAGAUGCCUUCUUCCUUGACCUGACUUUCAAUCCUGCCGGGCCAUCUAAGCCCGGCCGAUCAAGAUCACGUCCUAAAACCCAAAAAAUUAUUGUCGCCGACGAGCCUAGCCCGCCACCAAAUCGUAACUUCGGAAGUAUCCGCAGACAUCUGUCAUUCAAAGACAUGUCAAGUGCCAAACGCCAACCAUCCAUGGCUCGACGAACCUCCACGCGCACGUCUCGCCGAAUGAGCAGUUACAACUCGGUCAUCCCGAACCCCGAGACUUUUCAAAGUUCACCAGAUCAGCAUCCACUCUCCCGGAAGUUUGAGCCGGUCUUGCUUGAGAGAUACCCUCGAGCGGCCACGGUCGAUAAAUUCCGCAAGCGAGGACCAUUCCCUGAUUAUGUCCCUAUGUUUGCUUUUCCAAAUGAUAUCAAAAUCGUCUCUGCGGAUACCAAACCGAAGUCAACCUGGCAUGAAUUCUCCAUGACAGCGGCCGACAAUUCGAGGAUCACGGCGGUGUCGGUCACAGUUUGGCUUCCGGUCAACCGUGAGAUUGCGAUCGACCUGGAGAAAAGAUGUGAGGAAUGGCAAAAAGCUCACAUGUCCGAAGCAGAAAGAGAAAUGGCCUCGUCGUUGGCACAAAGAUUGACAAGUGAAAGUGCAAAACUGUCCAGACUGCUUACGCAGCUGCCUCAAGUCUCUCAAGGGUCUCGGGCAAGAGAAGAAUUGGAAGACGAAAUCAGUGCCGUGGAAGAGAAAAUUGCUCUGAUGUCGGACAUGCUGAGACCGCUGCACCAUGGUUCCGUAUCAGAAAUCCAAGGGCUUACCAGCGGCGAAACACGAUUUUGGAUUCCGAGGUCUUAUGGCAUUUUGGGAAAAGACAGCACCAUGGCCAACUUUUGGAGACAAUGGUUGCGGGCCAUCGUUAUUCCAAUGACCGACGGUGGAGUAUUGCGAGUGCCUGCUAGUUCCCCUCGGGUUGGUAUGUGGCAACCUCUGGAACGAUAUGUCGCCACUUUAUGCCUCGAGGCACCUUGUCCUAUGUCCUCUAAGGUCCAAGUUCAAGUCUCCAUACGAGAACUUCAUCUUUAUGCUAAGAAGGAAGCUGCCAACGAACUACCGGGCAGUCGGACCACCGAUCUAUACCCUCUGUUCAAAUCGCUCACCAUACCCAACAUCGUCCUUCUUCUUGAAUAUGUUCUGGCAGAAUCCAGGAUCAUUUUGCUUUCGACUCACAUUUCGAUGCUGCAACUGGUCAGCAAAGCGAUUUUGGAACUCGUUUGGCCGCUGGAGUGGACAGGGGUUUAUAUUCCUGUCCUCCCAUCGCGGCUUGUCCAGGCUUUGGACGCUCCUUGCCCUUAUAUCUGUGGCAUUGAUCGCAAAUACGAGAAAUAUGACCUUCCCGAAGACGAUUAUGUUUUGGUCGAUUUGGAUAAGAACGAACUACACAGUGUGGCGCCACCACCAUUUUUACCUAAACAGCAGCGAAGAAAGUUGAUGUAUUUGUUGUAUCAGGCAGCACCACUUCACCAUGGCUUUGGCGUUUCUCCGGGCCCACCUGCAUACGCCGUCGAGACAUUUCCAUUUGAUGCCUUUUCUGCAGAAAUUGACUCGGUCUUCACAGCCAUCGCCAAAUCUACAAAUCUGGACAAACUGGCCAGCCUCAGUUCAACGUCGUUCGGCCCACAGGCGGCCUCAGAUACUAUCCGUCGGGCCCCGAUGUUGAACGUGUUCCUCGCCUCUGGCCCAACGCGGGGGAAAAGUAUUGAUAGACCAAGAACAGCUUCAACUGCUAGACAAUCCGUUCAGACAGGCUCUGAUGGACAGUCCCCAAUUACCGGGAGUUUUGCAAUGCCCUCCAGCUCGACAGCCCCACGCAAUGACUCCGGGUACGCUCUUCAAACAUCGCUGCGUGAGAAGAGAUCAGGUCAUUUCGAUGCGCUUUCUAAGCGAAGUUUCUCUGGCUCUUCUCAUAUGAUUCGAAAGGCCAGCAUUCCUUUUGCCAGGCACAAUGCCACUCCUUCCAACACGUCGUUCUCUGAUAUGAAGAACGGAUCAAUGUAUACUCCUUCUGUGUAUGAUCAGUCCACAUUGGCUGCAUCUACAAUCAUGCCGAGUAUUCGUAUCCAGCCUGUGAAGGAUACCGAGGGAACACACUGGGUGGAAGGACAUUGUUUACAAUGGCGAGCGUCAGAUGGCACUUCCACAUGUGUUCUCUGUGACGACAAGGCUCAAGAAGGAUACUAUCGCUGUUCCGGUUGCGGCUUCGUAAUUCAUGACCGCUGUGCUCAUCAGAUCACCGUCGUCUGUUCAGCUGCUUUCUAUUCCGACCAGGUCCGCGCAGCGUUUGUGAGAUGCUUGGCUAGCUUGUUCUACACCUACCGAAGAUUUAUGCAACCAGCACCUUCGCAGAAGAAGAAACUUGGGACAAUCUAUGAGUUUGACAAUGAUGCAUUUAUCAAGAGCCUCCCCCCGGACCACGCCGCCUACAUGGAGAUGCUCCAGCAAACUCAAGCAUGGAAUGAGUUCAUCAUGGAUCGUGAAGAGAAAGCUUCAACGCCAGACAUCGCAUUGUUCGACGCAAUCAUAAUGGCAAAGCGUGGUCGGGCUGGGUUGCUUCGAUCAACUCUACCAAACAUUGCCCUCAACCGCAGAAGCUUCGUACCCCGAUCGCCGUCGGGGACGAUGCGUACCGAUAUUCUUUCCGAUACGUCCCAACAUCAAUGGCGCAUCGUUUCGACACCCGCAAGUUCUGAACGGCCAGACCUGGGCUCAGCAGCAAAAGGACGUGACUACCAUACGAUCAUUACGCGAAUCCCAGCCAAACUGGAGGAAGGAUUGUUCAAGCAGGAGGAAAAAGUGCCGGAUUUGCCCACAAUUCCGAAGAAGUCUCGAGCAAGUAUGGUGAAUGGAAGGAUGAAUGGACUCAGCAUGCACGCCCCCUGA